AUGGCUGUUUGUGACCUCGAGCGUGGCCAUGGCAUCUCCAGAGAGCAGAUCCGCUUGGGAUUCAUUAGGAAGGUCUACGGCAUUGUUUCCACACAAGUCACCGUCACCGCACUAGUGGCGGCAUUGGCGUGUGGGCCGUUGCAAAGUCCGAUGAUCACCUUCGCAAUGAACUGGCCAAAUUGUUUCCAUUGGGGAUCGCUUUUGGCCAAUGGCUUAGCCUUGUUUCUUUGCCACACAGGUAAGAAUCACUACCCAGUGAAUUUCUACGGCUUGUGUGUUCUCACUGCAGCCAUUGCUCUCGAUGUGGGCAUUCUAAGCGCCAUGAUCUCUGCUGCUGGGUUGGGCGCACUACUGGUGCAGGCUGCCGUCCUCACCGCGCUCCUGGUGCUUGGGCUCACCAUUUACACCUUCCGCUCCAAGAGGGACUUUUCCCUGCUAGGCGCAGCGCUGUGGCAAGCGAGUUUUGGCCUUUUUGGCUUUGGACUGCUCUGCACCAUCUUCCCAUCUUUGAACACGAGCUUCAUGGGAUUCGCGGUCUCCUUUCUAGGCGCUGGGGUCUUCUGUUGUUACCUGGUCUUUGAUACCUGGCGCAUUGCCCAUGAGCUUGAAGUGGAUGACUUCAUCGAGGGCGCCAUCCAGCUGUACAUGGACAUUGUGAACAUGUUCGUCUACCUCUUGGAUCUUCUGAUGCAGCUGAGCAAGGAUCGCCGUGAUGGCUAA